GGUAGUUGCUGGUAUUUUUCUACAACAAACGGAUGUGAUCACCAUAAAUCAAGACAAAAAGAGCGACAGAUUAACGCUUUAUGGAAAAUCCUUAUAAUAUACCUGGAAAUUUGAAAGGAAUUUUUCAAAGCAUUCUAGGGCGGUGUGUGACAUUCUAUGGCGGGUGGCGUGACAUUAAAAAAAUAAACACUUGGUCUAGACGAAACAAAUAACAAAUGGACAAAACACGCCAAAAUCAAACACUCCGAGGAUUUCCCCUUUUUGCGGAAAACCUCAGUUUUGAAGGAUCUCUCACUUUGGGAUAGAAAAAAAUUUGAAGUGACCCUAAAGUGCGUAGUAGAAUGCAGACCCACGUGUGUUCAGUGCCACGUGACAUAUGCACCAUCCUUCUACUGUUUCUCUUGGCUUGCAUUAAGUCCAGCUGCGAUGCGCAUGCGCUCUACCGCUGGGAUAGUCAUAAUGAGCGCACAAACAUUGAAAACUCAGAUGCAUCGAAGCUGGACAGACCGAGAACAUUUGAUACGGAUGAUUUUACCGACAAACAGAUGUCGUUGUCUGCUGGGGAGUAUUGGGGAAGCACUGAUCAAAAUGGCGUAUAUCGGAGAGACGGAAUACCAUGGAGGGACAAAAAUACGGAAGAUUAUUCACUGCCUCCAAGAAGUAAAAAACAAGAUAUUUUGGAAGAAUACGACGACAAUGGAAACCAAGAUUCCGUGAUAAGUUAUUUCGGGUCGCAUGAGAUUAAGAGCGACGAAACCGGUAGUCCAAAGUCGGGAGUACCACUUUUUGGAAAUCAUGUGAAAGAGGGAGAGGUCGACCAGAAAGCUAUGGAGAGUCUGGAACACUUGAAGGUAGUGCAGGACGCUGAUAGAGAGGUCACAGACAUGGUUAACUCGGUCAUUGACACUGAUGCCAACAUGGCGGGGAUGCUAAACGCAGGAGGGACCGGAGGGGCUUUAGGUGGGAUCCCUGUGGAUUCUACUGGCAAAGGCUUUCUUGAAAAGAAUGAGGAUAAGGAUAUGGACGUCACCUUUGAUGAAAGUGAGGCUGGGAGUUCCUCGCAAUUGGAUCAGCCUCGACGUGGAAACGAGGACACACUGGGAAAGGUCGAGGUGAUUGACAAUGGCAAUGAUGAAGCUAUGAAAGGUAGUUUAGUAUCACAAUCAGACCAGCCUCGACUUGAGGAUGAGGCCAAACAAGAUAAGGUCGACCAUAUUGAUGGUGGUGUGAAAAGCUUGGCAUUAAAAGCUGGUUCACUUACAACAGGCACCAAGCAAGCUGCGGAUACCUUUUUUGACAAUGAGGUAGGGCCAAAUAGCACGAGUCAGACAAUACUCCGCAUAGGUAAACCAGGUAAUGUUAUCAAUAAGACCUCGGUUGCAAAACAUGACAGCGGUGAUAAAACAUUAGGCAUGCGUAUCGAUGAGCAAAUGGCGGAGUUGUUGAAAAAUUUUGCAGAACGAGAGAAUGGAACCAACGAUUCCACAUCAGUGACCGAUUCCCCGAGAAGCAGCACAACGGAUGUGGAUAAAGCGCAUGGACACAACGACUCGAUGAAUCCCACAACUCCAUUGGUUAGUGGUUCCCCUACGGAUGUGGAUAAAGCGCAUGGACAUAACGACUCGAUGAAUCCCACAACUCCAUUGGUUAGUGGUUCCCCGAUAAUACCAACACCAAAAAGCAAUGAAAAUGCUUUAAGUGCGGUAAAUAUUUUGGCUAGUAGUGGAAUAAGCAUGGAAACCGGAAGUAGUGAUGAAACGAGUAUGACAACCGGAAGUAGUGAUCGACCAAGUAUUACAACCGGAAGUAGUGAUGUAACAAGCGCUAUAACCGGAAGUAGUGAUGUAACAAGCGCUAUAACCGGAAGUAGUGGGCAAGUGAUCAACUUUAAUGAAGUUGGGAACGUGGAAAAUGACAACCUUCCAACUUACAAGGAAAGCAAACCUUUAGACUGGGAUCUUCAAAACAAUAAGCAACUUGCAUCAGAUGGAAAUCAUGGCAUGUCUGGUAGCUAUGGCAACGCAAAUCCUAUGGGCGACAAUGUGAUUGGCUCAUCUGGUGCAGUUAUUCCAAGUGGUGUAGUUGACGUCAACCCGAUCGUUGACGCUCCAAGCAAGGAAGAAAGAAAUGAAACCAUUGAUAUUAUAUCGAGUACUAUCACUCAGCCGGGCGGUCAAUCAGAUACAAACCCUAUUAGGGCAGCCAGUAGCCAACAUACUAAGAUAACGGUAAGCGAGGACCUUGACAACAACAAUGUUACCAUUCCGUUCUCCGAGGAGAGCGGUGACAAGGUACAAGAGGAUCUUAAGAAGAUGACGUCCAAUUUCCUCACCGUGCACCCUAGUUCCUUACCGGUGCUAAUGGAGUACUUUAAGAAUGAAACAGCUUUACAGAAGCAGCUACAGAAUAAACUUCGGACAGUAAGUAGCGAUGGGUCAGCUAGGGCUACUAAGAAGUCCUUUGGGGAGGAGGUGCCCGGAGACCCGCCUAAAGUCACUCAAAGGAACAGUUCAAAUGGAGAAAACAACAAGAAAGAAGCCAUGAAACAAUUUGUGCUAAGACUUCUCAAGAUGUUUUCGAUGGUGAAAUCUAGACUGGCGACAUUAGCUAAGAAACAAGGCCGGGACUCUAAGAAAUCUUACGCUUCCGAAACGCCAACCCGAAAGGCUACAGUUGAAAUAAACGCGAAUUUUGACAAUGUGGCGGAUCUUUUGCGGAAGAUAAACGUCUCGGAGAUUUUCCAGGAAGAAACGGCUCCAGAAAGGGAUAUGGAUGUCAUGGCGUUAGAUAGUGGAGGUAAAAACGGUACGCAAUUAGAGAACGGAAAUGUUUCCAGUAUAGGAAUAAUUGGAAAGCCAACAGGAAGUGAAGCAAUGAAAACGAAAAGUAACGCAGGUCCAUUGGACAGUAACGCAAUGAAAACGGAAAGUAACGCUGAUCAAUUGGACAGUAACGCAAUGAAAACGGAAAGUAACGCAGGUCCAUUGGACAGUAACGCAAUGAAAACGAAAAGUAACGCAAGUCCAUUGGACAGUAACGCAAUGAAAACGGAAAGCGGAAAGUAA